CACCGAUAGCGGAAAUAGUCAAAAUUAAACAUGCGUCGGCGAGAGAAUUGGGCAGCAGCAGCAACGGUAGUAUUCAAAUGAGCGUCGCCGCCGCCUUCAAAUCUCUCAAGUCCUCCGCCGUCCUCUCAUGGAAACCCACGGGCAAUCUGCAGAAAACUGUGACGAAUUGCAUCGAGAGAACCGGUCGGGGACUCCACUCAGGUGACAUAUCCACUGUUAGAAUUCUUCCGGCGGUGGCCCGCGCCGGCCGGUACUUCAUCUUCCGGUCGAAUAUUAUUCGCGCAUCGAUUGAUAAUGUUGUGAGAGACACGCCUCUGUGCACUGCGCUUUCGAGAGAUGGCUACAGCGUUCGAACCGUCGAGCACUUGCUCUCCGCUCUGGAGGCGUGUGGCGUCGAUAAUUGUCGCAUUGAGAUUGACGGAUCCAGCAAUUGCGAUCGCUCUGUUGAGGUUCCUAUCUUUGAUGGGUCAGCAAGAGAAUGGAUGGAGGCAAUCAAUCAAUCUGGAUUAAGGGUAGCUACAGAUAAUGGUGGUAAAAGUUGUCAAAAAUUAGCACCGUAUCUCAGCGAACCUGUUCACGUUCUGAAAAAUGAUUCUUUUAUAGCAGCAAUCCCAUAUUCAAAAGUCUGUAUCACAUACGGGAUUGACUACCCACAGCAAUUACUGCUGCAGGCACCUGCAAUUGGUUGCCAAUGGUUCUCUUCCUCGUUGUUGGAUGAAUCUAUCUACUCCAAUUCUAUAGCUCCAUCUAGAACCUUUUGCAUUUAUGAAGAGGUGGAACAUAUGCGCAGCUUAGGACUUAUUAAAGGGGGUUCGGCAGAAACAGCUAUUGUCUGUAGCAUGAGUAGGGGAUGGGUGAAUCCACCUCUGCGUUACGACAAUGAGCCUUGCAGGCAUAAGGCAUUGGAUCUUAUUGGCGAUAUUUCCCUUUUGGCUCAAGAGGGUAACCAAGGUCUUCUAGUGGCUCAUAUUGUUGCUUAUAAGGGUGGACAUUCACUGCAUGCUGAAUUUGUUCGUCGCCUAGUUGGGAAUGAUGUUUCUCAGGAGCUCACAGCUUAGCUCAUAUUCAGAUCAUUUUCUACUUCUUGUCUGUAUUUUUAUAUGAUAGUAGGCGGCAUUUAGGCCAUCAUUGGGUUCUAGAAUAGACUUUUGUUUUUUGUUUUUUGAUUUUUUGGUAAACAGAAGAACAACGCGAACCUAAGGUAGACAUCAUUGUCCCAUAAUCAUAAUAAUUGCAGUGCAUGUGCAGCUGAACUAUAAUGUUUCAAGAUUUCUUUGUUUUAACUCAGAAACACUUACAAGUUACAAA